UCAAAAGAUUGAUAUGGACCAUACUUCUGGCGAUGAGUUGCAACGGUGCGGAAAUCACGUGCCCCGGCGAGUGUACAUGCCGGAGCGCAUUCGACCCCAACUAUGGAAGUGAAAUGCGUGUCACUUGCAACAAAGGCGACAUGAGCUCUAUACCGAUCGAAUACAUUGACCACAGCUCCGAUAUUGUCAUCAUAUCGGCGCCCCCCGACAGACCCAACUAUCUCACCAUCGGACCCAUAUUCACCCAACCGAUACCCUUCAGCAACCUCAAGGAGCUCCAUAUCGUCAACUCCAACGUCCCCUCCAUAGGACAGUACUCGUUCUGGGGCCUCCAAAAUUUACGCCUCAUUAAUUUAACCCACAACAACCUGACGAGCAUCGGGGCGGACAAUUUUCGCGGCCUAAUAAACCUAACGGAACUACAUCUCGACCAUAAUAAUAUCGAGCAGAUGCCGAGCGAAACGUUUCGACAUCUGACCGCACUGAGAACAUUAAUUCUGGCAAACAAUCAGAUAACGACAUUGGUGCCCCGGUUAUUUCGCAUGCUCGCAAAACUCCAACAUUUGGACCUCAGCUACAAUCCGCUGGCGGAUUUGAACCCCGAGAACAAGAUUCAAUAUUUGACUGAGGACGAUUUACAGAGACUGGAAGCGAUCGCUCAUGUUGAUUUAUCACGAAAUCACUGGCGCUGCGAUCAAUGCUCGGUGGGGCCGAUGCUCCUUUACAUGUCGACGACGGUAUUGAACGCGACUAUACGGAACUUAAAGUGCCACUCACCGAUACGGCUGCAAGGCGUUUCGUUUGCUAAGCUGAAGAAUCAUAAGGUGGAGCCGUGCACGACGACGCACGAGGCCCAGAUGAGCGUCAUAGCUGGCGUGAUGCUGCUCUGUGUGGCCGUGCUGGCGGCGGCGACUGCUGCGCUCUGCUGCUCGAGGCGGCGAGCCGCUCACUACUACACGAACGAGGAGAAGCGGAGGGAGCACGAGCACGAGCACCCAGAGGAGCUGCUCGGCCGGACGGAGGUGGCCAACGUCGCCACCAUCAAUGCUCCGUACACCCUCGUGGCUAAGCGCAGCUAGCAAAAUGCCCCGACGCCGGCUCUGCCGAGGCGCUACAGGCUGCCGCUGGAGCCCACCAUCACGACUGCUCCGCCGCACGAUUCCGCCCCUAUGCAUUACCUCCCGUCUAAUCUGUUACACGUUUCCAAAGACAUUAUGUGAUACGAGUACGAGGACGAUCUGGUCUAAGCCAAAGGACUCACCGAGGCCGAGGGUAGGUUGAGGACGAUCUGAGUAACUUA